AUGGAGCUCCUCCAGACUCUGGAGGUCAGUGGCAUCCACUUUCCUCUUGUGGUGGACGACUGCUUCACAGGAUGUCUACCGAAGAACCUGGAGGGCUACGUGGGCUUUGCAAAUCUACCCAACCAAGUCUACAGAAAAUCUGUGAAGAGAGGUUUCGAGUUCACACUCAUGGUUGUGGGGGAAUCUGGGCUGGGGAAGUCGACGCUGAUCAACUCACUCUUUCUGACAGACCUGUACUCCCCUGAAUACCCGGGUCCAUCGCAUAGAAUUAAAAAAACUGUACAGGUUGAACAGUCUAAGGUUCUGGUAAAGGAAGGAGGAGUGCAGCUCCUGCUCACCAUCGUUGACACCCCCGGCUUCGGUGACGCAGUCGACAACAGUAACUGCUGGCAGCCAGUCAUCGAUUACAUCGACAGUAAGUUCGAGGAUUACCUCAACGCAGAGUCCCGGGUCAACAGACGGCAGAUGCCCGACAGCAGAGUGCAGUGCUGCCUGUACUUCAUCGCUCCGUCUGGACACGGACUGAAGCCCCUCGAUAUUGAAUUCAUGAAAAGGUUACAUGAAAAGGUGAACAUCAUCCCCCUCAUCGCCAAAGCCGACACAAUGACCCCAGAAGAGUGUCAACAGUUCAAGAAACAGAUCAUGAAAGAAAUCCAGGAGCACAAAAUCAAAAUCUACGAGUUCCCAGAGACGGAUGACGAGGAGGAGAUGAAGAUAGUCAGGAGAAUCAAGGAUCGUUUACCCUUGGCCGUAGUCGGCAGCAACACCAUUAUCGAGGUCAAUGGAAAGCGAGUGCGCGGGAGGCAGUACCCCUGGGGUGUGGCUGAAGUGGAGAACGGAGAGCACUGUGACUUUACAAUCCUCCGGAACAUGCUCAUCAGGACCCACAUGCAGGACCUGAAGGAUGUGACAAACAACGUCCACUACGAAAACUACCGUAGCAGGAAACUCGCUGCGGUCACCUACAACGGAGUGGACAACAACAAGAACAAGGGACAGCUAACCAAACCUGAGACGACUGACGGCAUGAGUCCUCUAGCCCAGAUGGAGGAGGAGCGACGGGACCACGUGUCCAAGAUGAAGAAGAUGGAGCAAGAAAUGGAACAAGUGUUUGAGAUGAAGGUCAAAGAGAAGCUGCAGAAGCUCCGAGACUCUGAGGCUGAGCUCCAGAGGCGUCAUGAGCAAAUGAAAAAGAACCUGGAGGCCCAGCACAGAGAACUGGAGGAGAAACGUCGCCAUUACGAGGAGGAGAAGGGCAGCUGGGAGGCCCAGCAGAGGAUCCUGGAGCAGCAGAAACUAGACGCCUCCAGGACCUUGGAAAAGAACAAAAAGAAGAAGAUAUUUUAAUAACUCUGGAGGACCUUUCUGAUUUUUUUUUUUGCCAACCUACCAGCCUUGAUUGUCAGAGCAUCUGUCAAUCAACUACAUCCGCUGUUUGACCAUAUUACUGUGUAAUAACCAUGUGAAAGCCAGGGGGCAGUGUUGUCUGGACUCUGAGCUUCAACAAUCGUUCUCUCCUCGUCCUCGAGUUCCUCCUUUUAAAGAACUGUUAUAAUCUCACAAUCUAAAAACAACUGGUGUUCUUCCUUAACGACAAACACGACAAAGUUCAGUCUUUCUUUCCUCUUUUCUUCUUCUACUUUGGGAAUGUUCGAUGCUGCACUGAUCUGUGCUGCAUCUUUUUAAAUGCCAAAAACCAAAACAAAAGAGGUCGGCCUUUCACUUCCUGCACCUUGGCAGACAGCGUCAGGCUGAGGCUCACCUCAGGCACUGUUUUUUAUAUAUAUUUGUAUCUUCAGUUCACAUAUUUAGGUAUCCUCCCAAGCGGUAUGCUCUUCCAUCUCCUGUUUUGUAAAUUGUAUAACCAUGAACUGCAGUGUUUAACUUCAACUGUGUGUAACAUGUUCUUACUUUUUUAGUUUUUUUUCCAUUUUGUAUGAGCCUGGUAUAGACAUUUUGUUCAUUUUUGUUUCCGUUGUUUUCCAGCCUCGCUUUUGGAAACCAAACAUAUAUUCCUGACUUCACUCAUGCUGAGUGUAACAACGUCUAGAAACUGCUCUCGAAGUGCUUUAACGUGAAUUUAUUUGAACUUCUUGUGCAGAUUCUAUUUUAAAAGUAAUUUACGAACAGAAUGAAAUCUCUCCAGGGGCGGGAUUAUGGAAAGCUUGCGUUGGAUGUCCGUGGAUGGGGAAAGCUGGAGCUGAGAUGCUUCAGAACAAACAGCGGUCAACUAAACAACUGAACCAAGCUGGCUUUCUUUACACCACAUAUAGCACCGUUUGUGUACUGCAUCUGUAUUUUGUAAUGUCUUGUUUUUAUUGUAAAAAGUCACAUAAUAAAACUGUGAUGGGGAAAAAAAACAGA